AACAGAACAAAUUAAGCAUUUAAAAAUUUAGAUGCAGACGUUUGAAUUAAAGAAGGACAGUUAAAUUAAUUUAAUGGUUGCCAAAAGGAAGGAUAGGCAGAAUAAAGAAUCCAGAUCACCGCCUUCACCAAUACAUGUACCAGAAAGAGCAACCUAUGGAUUCGUUUCCUAUUUGUUAUGCUACAUUUCAUUUGGUAUCUUUUUGAUUUGGGCUUACACUCCUUACUCUUAUCUGGAAUGGAUUGGUCUUACCUACUGGCCUAGCAAGUUUUUAGCUGUUGCCAUCCCGCCUUUCCUCUGUGUCUUAUUCCUGGGUAGCUUUGUAUUCUAUGAAGGCCUAAUCUUUACCAAUACGGCACCAGUGGAUUCUCCCAGUACUGUCUCGGAUUCAAAGAAGGUGGAUUACAAACAUUUGCCAAAAGAUGCUAUUACUCCAAUAGAAGAGUUAUCAAUAUGUGAUGUGAAUAAGGCAUUAUAUGGAACAUGAUUCAAUAUGUUAAGCUCUGACAGUGAUUUGAAGCUAUCCUACUGCUAAUGGAAACCUACAUUCCUAAAAGUUCAGGGGUUAAUUAAACUUGAUAUAUGCAGUUGCAAAUAUAAGGAAACAUCUUAAAGACCAAUAUAAAGAUUACUAUGUAUAAUCUUUAUUCUCUCUUUGAUCUCUCAUAGAUCUGAAAAAGGAACAUCUCUUUUGUUAAAAGUAUUGAAAGCUUGCAUUUUUGUCAAUAUCAGAAAAGUUUAUAUUAGGGAUAAUAUUGUUCUCCUGAUAGUUAAACAAUCAACAAUUACAAUUACCACUAAAUGAAAAUUUCAUUCAAAAAAUAUGUUUCAAAAUCAGAUAAA